AUGGAGAACUACAGCUACCCUCACCCCUCUACCUUAUCUCUUGGCUUUCGAGAAAUGGCAUAUUCUAGAUAUGUCUACAGUGUUAUUGUCCUGUUGGUCUACAUGAUAAUCGUUCUGUUUAACAGCUCUGUCAUUACCACUGUAGUGUUAUACAAAAGUCUAUACGAGCCAAUGUACAUCUUCAUAUCUACUCUGUGCGUCAAUGGGCUGUACGGAAGUAGCUCGUUCUUCCCUAGUCUGUUUGUGGACUUAUGUUUCAAGAUUGAUUCCAUCUCCUACAUUGGUUGUGUUACACAAGUGUUCUGUAUCCAUACAUUCCUAGGGUGUGAGAUGACCAUCCUAACCGUCAUGGCCUAUGACCGCUACGUGUGUAUCUGCAACCCUCUGAGAUACAACAAUAUAAUGACCCUAACCUCAGUUGCCAAACUUGUUGUCUCAGCUUGGAUGUUGCCCAUUGUCCUGAUUUCCAUACUUAUUGUAUUGACCAUCAGGCUUCCAUUAUGUGACCGAGUCAUCCUAAAGAUCUACUGUGACAACUGGUCCAUCGUAAGACUCUCCUGCAUUGAUACAACCGUCAACAAUGGGUUUGGUCUUUUCAUUUCCUCAAUCAUCAUUGGGUUGAUGUUAAUUCUGAUCAUUUGCUCUUAUGUACAGAUUCUCAAAGUUUGUAUGAGGUCUUCAAAAGACUUUCAAGCCAAAGCCCUCCAAACCUGCACACCUCACAUCAUUACCAUCACAAAUUUUGUCUCUAAUUUACUCUUUGAACUCUUCAUGUAUAGGUUUAGUCCGACUGAAUUUCCAUAUGAACUGAGAAUAUUCAUGUCUGUUCAGCUACUUGUGGGACCACCGAUCAUAAAUCCUCUAAUUUAUGGACUGAAGUUGAAGGAGAUUAGGAUGAGGAUUGGUCAGCUCUAUCAUUUCCAAAGCCGCAAAGUCAAUGACAAUAAGUUUUAG